ACAAGAUUAUUUAAAAAAAUUUAGUUAUAAUUCUAAAACAAAUACGACUAAUAAUGACUUCAUAUUCGUUCUAAAUGACCUAAUUAUUAUAUAUUGCAAAGUAAAUAAAACUAUUAUCAUAACUCACACUCAAUUUUGGGAAAGUUUUAAAGUUGGUAAAUUACAAAAGGACAUAUAUUCACAUUAUCAUAUCCUAAAAUUAUUACCAUCACCAUCUAAUGAUAUUCAUACUAUAACUCUAAAUGUAAAAAAUCGAGAAAGUAGUUCUAUUCAAGUAUUAUUAUGGGGUAAUGAAAAUGUAUUUUACACAAAUAUACCCUUUAUCCAAGAAAUUCGAGAUUUUUAUUUAAGACAAGAUGAUCAAGCUUAUAUAAGUGAAAGAGCAUGUGAAUUAAAGCCUAUUGGGGAUGUACAUAAAGAUACUUUAAAUUAUACUUUAAAAAAUAUAUUCUCAAAUGAUGAAAAUAAGCAAUACAUUGUAAAAUGUGAUUGGCUAAACUUUUAUAACCAUAGUUUUGUAUGUAAACUAACUAAGCAAAAUAUAUUUUGCAUUUAUUCAUUAAAUUACCCAAAUUUUCCCAUAUAUUUUUGCAAUAUAAUGAACAUCAAUUUUGUUGAUAAUAUUGGGGAUCCUAAUAAUUCAAUAUCUGAAACUAGCACUCAUAUAUCUAGCCUAAAAAUAUCUGAAGCAUUAGGUGAAACUUAUAUAGAUUUUGUAGUAGGCCCUGAUUUAAUUACCACAGAUGUUGAAAACAAUUCUUCUUAUACCUUAUUGUUUAUGAAAGCUGAUGGAACAAUUCUAAGUCUAUAUUUAUACCUUCCAUAUGCAUAUGCAGGGCUUGAUAGUUUUGGCAAUACUUUUACAAAGAAAAAUGUUUCCAAUAUUUUUUACUCACAUUUUUAUAAUCUCGAUAUAACUCCUACAGGAAAAGAAAUAGAUGACAUAAAUUUGGAGUAUCACUCCAUGAUUUAUCUACCUUCAAUAUCCCCAAAUAUAUUAGUCCUAUGUCAAGUAGAUUUUGAGUUAUCAUCAAAUGUGAAUGGCAAUAUUCAAGAUGAGAACUCAUCUUAUUCAGAAGACCAUUAUAAUUGUAUUUUUAAACACUGUGCAUUAAUACCCUCAUUAAAUAAGAAUCAUUCUAGGGACCCUCCUCUAUCCGAGUCAUUAAUAACUUAUCAUGCUUACAUUUUUGAUACUGUUAAAACAUUUAUUCAACCAUCGAUAAAGCUUUUCCCAUUUUGCCAUAAUAACAAUUCUCAUUCUAACAUAUCACCACUUUACCCCGUAGGCUAUUUAGUCAUUCAACCUAGUUGCGGCAUAUCCAUGUUCCAUUUUCCUUGGAUUACCAAAAUACAACAACUCAAUAGCAUGUUUAGCCUAAAUUCUGGGAAAUUAUUUCAGGACAAAAAUGCUGCCAGGGAUGAAAGAUUAUAUCUUAUAGCCAAAGAAGUUUCUAAAUCUUCUAGUCUGGAAAUACUAAUUGAUUUUAAAUCUAAUUGUAAAAAUGAACAUAAUUUCUUGAAUGGAUUUGAUAUAAAUUUUGUUCCAUUGGCAGGUAAUUUUUCGAAGGAUACAAAAAAUACUAUGGUUGAAAUAUAUAUUCUAGAUUCCAAUUCGUGCUUGAAACAACACACUUUCGAUGCUGGAGAAUACAUGAAUAAAGAUAAUUCGACAUUUUUGCAAAGUUUAGCCACCCAUUUGGAAGAUCAGAAUGAACUUUCACUCAUAGUGAAGGACCAGCUGAUGAAUACCGAACAAUUCCAGAACCAUACUAUGUUAUUCGGAAAGGGCAAAAAUGGAAGAUUAGAUGUAACUAAAUUGAACCAAGCUUUGGAUGAUUUGUUAGUCAAGAAAAAGGACUUAUAUCACGUGAUGGCUUCCCAGCAAACUAAGCGGGAUGAGAUAUCGAAAGCGAUGGAAGCGUUGCGAGCUAAACUGCUCAAGAGUCAGGAGAGAUGGACAUUUUUACAAGCAAAAAUAGGGUCCUUUAAAGCUAGAGUCACAGUUGUUUUCCGAAAGAUCGAAUUCUUUGGCCCCUCCGCUGAUGAUAAGGAUACUGUUAUCAACACGCACGAGAUCAAAAGAACGCUCCAACAACUGUCCUACAAAAUGAAUUACCUGUUAUUUCCUUUAGUCAAUAAAUUGCAGGACAUGGACGUUAAGCUCGAAAUGGCGAACCUGCAACUGGGAUUGGCUUGCAACAAACAGGAAAAGGGAAACGAGAAAAAGGAUAAGACUAAAAUGUCUAAAAAUGUCGGAUCCGCCUAUUCCCCCCAAAACGUAGAAAUAUUUCGAGGAAUGGUCGAGGAACAAAACGAACGUAUCAAUGCCCUCUUGAACAGAAUGCGCAAAUUGGGCACGUGACACGAGGUUAUAUCGUAAAAAAAAACAUACGCGUUACGUCUAAAUUCAAUCAUUCUGGUUCCCACGAAAUAAGCCUUCGCGCUUCUUCUAAAGAAUCGUAAAUUAAAUGAUAAUUAGAAUAUUUGCAAAUUAAAUUAAUUUACACAUAUAUAUUUUUUUUAUAAAAAAAAAUAGAAAUAGUCGAAGAAAUUUUUUUUUUAAUAUUUAAACAAUAAAAAAUUCGUAUACUGUAAA